UGGAAUUUGGCUUAAUUCCUUCAUCGUUCCCGGCAUACUACGCGCUGCCUGUAACGCAAAACCAGCACAAGGACCGGCCAGACAACUGUGGAAAUGUCGUUAGACUCAGCGUCUGAGCAUUUCUCGAGCGAUUCCGACUCCGAGGAGGGCUUUGGAUACAAUGAAGAAGGCCCAGGGGAAGAAGAAUCACUUUUCCAGCAAGCGUCCAAGGAAGUAACAAAGGGGCGCAAAUUCACCAGCGAGAGGGACGUCGCUGACUUUUUCGACACAUAUCACGACAUUGUGGGCAAGGAGUCGGAUUCCGGAAACCUCCUGCACUGGAUAGUGGUCGCAGUCCAACUCUUUGGCGUGGAACCCGAGAACUUUGAGCUGCUCAUCCGGCGACUGGUCAUGGAAUAUCCCUACCUCUUGAGAAACCCGAACAAGGAAUCACACAAACCCAUGUACAAGGCCGUUCAGGCCAACACGCCCUUGCUCGUUCAGUACAUGAUCUCUGCAUGCAAAGAGUGCUGCAAGCUGGAGUCUCAAGCCAUGCAGCAUCUCGAUAAUGGGCUGCAGAUGGUGUCAGCCGAGGGGCAAACCUGUCUGCACAUUGCGCUGAGAGAACAGUUUGACCCUCAAGUGACGAGGUUGAUGAUUGAGAAUGCGAGCCUCGAGACGUUGGCCAUCCAAGACAAUCUCGGGAAGACUGCGAUGCACUAUGCCGUGGCAUUCAACCAAUGCUCCAACAUGCGGACAGAGCUAAUCUCCCUCUUCCUGGAACGAGACUUGACCCAAUUAAACGCCCUCCAUAAAAUGGGAAUACCCCAGAAACCCACUUUCCUUGACUUGCUCAACAACAGCCGCGAGUCGGUCUACCGAGAGCAUGAGCGACUGAGCAAAGCAUUCGAGUUGAAGAGGAAGAAGGACAAGGCUAUAGAGAAGAGUCGGUCCGGAGGUGGCGACCAAGUUGGCAUCCAGGUUGGCACAGUCAAAUCGAGCGAGAAGCCUACCUCCAAAGGCACCAAAGAGGUUUCCCGAUCUCAACUGACCCCAAGGGAUGGCAAGCAUUCAUUCGCGAAAGCAGAGGGCGAUCGAGGAGGCGUGAGUAAACCAGGCCAUGACGUCGACGAGGGUGAACAAAAGGUGGACGAACGCGAAGCGAGACGCCGACUCAAGAAGCAGCAGGAGGAGGCAGAGAACGAACGACGGAAGAACAAGGCCAACGGGACCGACUCAAUCGAAGAUGACCACCACCCAGGGGAACUGGAUCCGUUCAGCCCUGAGGUGGAAGUCGACCCAACAGCACAACUAGCUCUUCGGCGCACCAAGACAUCUCGACCGUCCGAGACUGUCCCCAACACUUCAUUGAAGAGAGUCGACUCAGCGCGAAGGGACGGGAAGAUGAGCGCGCCAACUGCUCUAAAGAGGCCGUCGCAGGGCACCAAGAAGAGUUACGGCCCUGAGAAGAGCAGCGUGUCCAGUUGCAGGAGGAACUCGAAGAAGAUACUCCUGACACUCAAGCUGCAUUACAUGCGAACACGGAACGCCGAAAAGGUCAUUUUGUUUCUUUACGGAACCAACAUGGAUGAUAUUCAAAUCAACUUCGACUACGACCGGCUCCCGCGCGACAUGACGUGGAAGAAAUUCCUAAAGCGCUUCGGUAGCAACGCAGAGACUGGUCUCAAGUUCGACCAGGUCUUGCAGUACGUAACCUUCCCGUAUGUCAACGUGCAACUUACAGGCCGUCACGCCGACCAGGAGCGGCAGAGGGAGGAGGAGAUGGGGAUGAGCCAGCUUGGCGGCGAGGGCCGCAAGGACAUGAAGUACUUCUUCGACUGGCUGUACGAAAAGGGCGUGCGUCACAUCAUCAAGCUCUCGGUCAACGACUCCCGGGACCCUUCUGGCAAGGUACACAGCGACGAGGUCAUCCAACAGUGCCUGGAGAGAUUCGUCAUCGAGCGACUCGAUUGGCAGAAGGUGGACCUGGACCCGGAGACGAUUCUUCACGUGAGCAGCAAGGCUCUCGAGAAGGUCGUGUCGGCCAAGGAUGAGACCAAGAAGAUUGAGCUCGUUCCCAACCGGCAGCUGAAGGAGCUCACGUUGAGAUGGAGUGGCAGCAAUGCCGUGCUGCGGGCGUGGAAUGAGCCAGAAGGCUUGCCGAGACUGGCGCAUCUUGAGAGAAUAUCCCUUUACGAACCACCUCCGGACAAGACCUUGGACAAUCGGAGAUGGAUCGAGAAAAAGAUUGGGGAAUUCGAGGUCCGGCUCAACACAAACUUCAAAAAAGCCCGAGAAAGCGAGGCGACAGCGAGCUCGCAGGACACCGUCAAAAUAACAGAAGUCCGAGUCGAACGCAAAAAUGUAGACGCCGAUCCGGAUCGCAAGGGAACCAUGGAAGACGAGCCAGACUUCAAGACGUCGCUGCCUGCAAAGGGCGUCAACUCCCACAAGUGGCUGGACUCGACGACCCGGUUCGCCAAGGGUAUGGAAACGUUCUGGAAAAACACAGUUACCGAUUUCAACGAGACCCGCAAGAUCCAGGGGACGCCGGAGCGGAUAGAGGACGAUGUUGUUAUUGCGCUGAUCGACGACGGGGUGGAUAUGUUUGAUCCCUCGCUGUCGAGUAAGGUGCUGGAGGGGAAGAGCUUCGACUACCACCAUGACAAGGUCAGGCCUGUGUUCUCAUCGGCAAGAGGCCAUGGUACGGUCAUGGCGAGUAUGAUUUUGCGCGUUUGUCCUAUGGCUAAGAUUUAUCCCAUACGGCUCAAGACGUAUGAGACCAAGGACGGCAAGUCUCAGAUUGAUAGGAAAUACGCAGCCCAGGCUAUUCAGGCAGCACGGGACAAGAAGGCUACUAUCAUCUCCAUGUCAUGGACGCUACCUGGGCCUGAACCAAGUACCAACCCCGAAGAGGACGAGCUACACAAGGUCCUCCAUGCCGCUGUCAAAGACAAAGUCCUGAUGGUCUGCUGUUGUCCCGACGGGGGCAAGUUCACCAAGUCCGUCUACCCAAGCGGCCCGUGGCCCAAGGACUUUUUCCGCAUCGGCGCGGCGCACGCCGACGGCACCGUGUUUAAGUGGACGGAAGAGGAUGACAUCUCGUUUGUUCUCCCGGGAGUCGACGUGAUCAAGGACCGCGUGGCCAACUAUGGCAGUGACGGCACCAAGAAGGGCAGUACCAACCCCGUCGCCCACUUCAAGUACGAGACUGGGUCAAGCGUAGCGGCCGCGCUGGCGUCAGGCCUGGCUGCCAUGAUCAUCUACUGCGUCAAGGCGAGCAUCCUAGCGGCCAAAACAGCGAACCAUAAUGUCACAGGGCCGAUCCUGGGCAUCGGGAUCCCCGAUGACGGGGCCAUCUCCGUGGCCAAGCCGGAGGCCAUGCGGCAGGCAUUCAAGAGCCUGGGCCACGAGACGCCGAGCAGGUUCAUCCAGAUCUGGGACGAGCUGGACAAGAUUAGCCACGUGCUGGAGCAGGCACAGGCACAGAGCUGGAAGGCGGAGGCGAAGCAGGAGAGUAUCAAGAGGUUUGUCGAGUUUGGGCAGAAACUUGCCAAGUCGACGUAGGGGAUGUAGGUCGAGGAUUUAACGGUGAGAUGUAUAGGUAACGAGGUACUAGGUAGAUCCCAGGCUGCCAUAGACAUUUAAAUUGAGGGCAGCUACCUAAUU